UCGCGCUUUUCUUUUCUUGUCCGUCCCUCGAGCCGCUCUUUCCUCGGUGACAGUUAGUGCCGAGAUGUCCGUGCUCGAGACGAUGUCGUCCCGGCGUACCCUGAGGUCCAGCUCUGGCAAGAAAAAAGGUAACAACGACGACGCGGAGGCAGAGUCGUGCGAGGAAGUGGAUCUGCGGCUACCGAUGUUCCCGGAGUUGGUCGCGGGCGAGAUAUCGAGCGAGGAAUUCUUGGCAGCCGCGGAAGGGGUCGUCGGCAUGCUCGAUUACUUCGGCAAACUGUUCAUGCCAGUCAAGUGCGACAUGCGGGGAAAUGUCAACAAGCUCGUCAAAAGGAUGAACGUUGACAAAAAAAAUCACGACACGUUACAAAAGAUGCUACUGUUGGAAAAAGAUAAAACGGAUAGCCCAGUGGCGAUUGACGCGCUCAUGUGGUUGAGGAGGGGACUGCACAUGAUUCAAUUGUUCUUCGAGCACAUGGUGAACGAUUUUCACGCUGAGCAGCAGACAGAAGAUCUUGUGGCGAAUCUUAAAAAGUCUUACGAGUUGAGUCUAGAGCCGUACCACGGAUAUAUGAUCCAACAACUGUUUGGGGUGAGUUUCGAGGGAAAAAUAAAACUUUUAUCUCGGAUGAUCCCGACGCGCACGCAAAUUUUUCGAGCCCUCGCGAAUGGCUGCGACGUCGAGCAGAGAAUCGUGAUAAGGAACGUCGACAGAUUUUGCAAAAGACUGAGAGCCAACGUCACGAACCUCGAGGCUUUCUACGACGAGCACAAUUUAGAAAAUAAUUACAAAGUUUGACGACUGCUGGAUACGAUUUUUUUAGUACUUUUUUUUUUUCCAAGCCAUAUGUUUUGAAAUAAAAAAUGUUCCUGCAAAAGUGUUCAAGUUACCGCUAGUUGUAUAUUUUGUAACUUAAUUUAUUAAACAAA